AUGGAGAUGCAAUCCUAUUAUGCCAAACUCUUAGGGGAGUUGAAUGAACAGCGCAAGAGGGACUUUUUCUGUGACUGCAGCAUCAUUGUUGAGGGGCGGAUCUUCAAGGCCCACAGGAACAUCUUAUUCGCCAAUAGUGGCUACUUCCGAGCCCUGCUCAUUCACUACAUCCAAGACAGUGGGCGGCACAGCACUGCCUCCUUGGAUAUUGUCACCUCUGAUGCCUUCUCCACCAUCUUAGACUUCCUUUAUUCUGGAAAGUUGGAUUUAUGUGGUGAGAAUGUGAUUGAAGUUAUGUCGGCUGCCAGCUACCUACAGAUGAAUGAUGUGGUGAACUUCUGCAAGACAUACAUCAGGUCAUCCCUAGACAUUUGCCGAAAGAUAGAGAAGGAGGCCGCUGUGGCUGCAGUGGUGGCGGCGGCAACGGCAGCUCAUCAGAUUGAUAGUGGAAACCUCAGUUCAGAUAGGGAAGUGACUUCCCGAGUUACCAAGAGCUUGGUCUCCUCUCCAUCCAAGGGAGAAGAGAGUGUAGACUGUCCAAGAGAGUCCCCUUGCGGUGACUGUGGAGGCUGCUACCCUUUGGAACUGGUGGUGAAAGACAGCCGGAGUGGUGUCUCAACAAACAAUGACCUCCCUUCGCCUCCCAAACGGAUAGAGCCCAAAGUGGAAUCUGACACUGAUAAAGUGGAGGUGGAGGUUGGUGAACAGCUGCAGCGAUGUGCUGCUCCUCUGAGUCUGGCUCAGAUAGAGGAGGGCUUGCCCAGCGGCCAGGCCAUUGACUUUGCUUAUAGUAACUAUCACAUGAAGCACUUCCUGGAGGCACUCUUAUGCAACAGUACUGUCCAGAGCAAAGAUGAUGUGGACCAUCAUUUUACUCGAAGUUUGGAAGCCAGACCAGAUGGUGCCAGAGUAUCCGUGAGUUCUGUGAUGGAUGUCCAGGCUGACUGGUAUGGAGAAGACUCAGGUAAUGUGUUGGUGGUCCCUAUCAAGCUCCACAAGUGUCCUUUCUGCUCUUACACUGCCAAACAGAAGGGCAUCCUUAAGCGACACAUCCGCUCACACACGGGUGAACGACCCUACCCAUGUGAGACUUGUGGCAAGAGGUUCACACGACAGGAACACCUACGGAGUCACGCCCUAAGUGUCCACAGAUCUAACCGCCCCAUCAUCUGCAAGGGUUGUAGAAGAACCUUCACAAGCCACCUGUCACAGGGGCUACGGCGCUUUGGGCUGUGUGAUAGCUGCACCUGCGUUACAGAUACGCAUGACGAUGAUGACGACUCGAUGCCCAUCAACCUCAGCCUGGUGGAGGCAUCCUCCGAAAGUCAAGAAAAGAGUGACACAGAGAAUGACUGGCCUAUCUAUGUGGAGUCUGGUGAGGAAAAUGACAUUGCCGGAGAUGAUUCUGAUGACAAACCACAAAUUCAACCCAGCUUCUCGGAUCAAGAGACACUUACAUAG